AUGAUUGAAAAGUCAGUCUACAAGCACAACAGAUACAACAAACACACCUCAGUGUUAAAGGCGUUCUACGCGGCUAGGGCUUCAGGGGAAUGUUUGACCGUGCUCGACCCAGUGAUUGACCCUUCAAUAGGCGGGGCCAGUGAAGAUCGACUGCAAGCCAUCAACUCGGAGGUAUACGAGGAUGCGCCGACCACCGCGGCAUGGUGCCGAUGGGAGGACAUCGACGACGAGCCUGAGGUUCAUGCAGGCCAGGAGUCAUCUGACUGUAGCAUUGAGAAACUGGACUUCUCAAGUGAAGCAAGUUCACAUUCAUUUCGCUCUGGACACGCCUCAGGCUCCAACCUCUCAGAUUACAACUCCAACAACAAAGCCGACGAUGAAGAAUGGGAUGUGCCCAUCGGCCAAGGUGACACUGGCGGCUACGAAUCAUACGGAGACAAUCCAACUGGGGUCAGCCAAGAUGAAGAGCCGGGCCAUCGCCGUCCAAAAGGCCAAAGGAAUAACCCAUGGUGGCCCUACAAGAGUAAAGAGGUACCAAGUACCGCACCAGGCACCUCCCGGCGGGUACCGGCGGUACUUUUCGCGGGUACCGCGGGUACCUCCCCUCUCUUUCUAACCUAG